CUGCAGAUGACCAUCCGAGCAUCUAUCUCAUGUAAUGGAGUGGAGAUUGCUGACGCCACACAGCCUGUUAAGGAGGGGGUGCCAGAGAUACUUAAUAUGAGGGUCCCGCCAACCACAGUGCCAGGAGACUACAAGCUGCGAGUGGAAGGGUUGUAUUUAGACACGCCGUUCGGGGGCCGCGCGUUCGUCAACGAGACGCAGCUCACGUUCUCGAAGCGGUUCAUGACUAUUUUCAUACAGACAGACAAGCCUGUAUACAUGCAAGGGCAGACGGUUCGUUUCCGCGUGAUCCCGAUCAACACGGAGCUGAAGGCGUUCGGACGAGCGAUCGACGUGUUCAUACUCGACCCCAACCGACGCAUCAUGAAGAGGUGGCUCUCUAGACAGGUAACACCCAUACAUUAUAGUUAAUGUCACAUAUGGGA